UCUUCGAGACGCCACGCAACGGAAAUCAGAUAUUGACAAACGGUUUAUGAGAAGAAUAACGACGACAAUGGGGAGAUGGGAUCAGUAAGAUGAGGAGAGGAUGGGAAGUGAAAAAAAGGGUGAUAAAGUAUUUUACGGGACAGUACGCGGAGUGCUUUGUCUUACUUGGCUCGGCUCACUUCUCCCGGUAUCGGCCAAAUGGGGAUUCGAGUUGAAAAAGAUGGGAGGAUGGGAGUUGUUGGGAAGAAACAUUCGGCGAAGGGUGAUGGUCCCUGAGUGGCGUCGACGAGGUGAAGGAGCGCGUGAGUGGUGUGUGUGUGACUGGGACAUCCUUUAGUAGAAGCUAGAAGCGCGGUAGCGUCGUUGGGGGGGGCUGCUUCCAAGUGCAGUACGUGUUAGGUUUUACGUUGUACGGAGAAGGUACGGAGCGAGUGCAAAGUGUGAUCCACAGCCCGCGAACUGGGCGCUGGUUGGUUCAAGAGGUCAUCCAUCCGUGUGCGGAUGCGGCCGGGCAGAUGUG